AUGAGACUCCGAAAGGCAGCGCGCGUUAUCCUCGUCGGUGCGCCAGGCGUUGGCAAGGGCACCCAGUCCGAGAGACUUCUACAUCGCUUUCCCCAACUUCAGUCCAUCAGCACGGGCGAUCUACUUCGAAGCAAUGUCACUGCCCGGACGGCUCUUGGAAUUCGAGUCGAGAAGACAAUGAAGACCGGCGGCCUCGUCGCUGACGACCUUAUCAUGCGCUUGAUCUCGAACGAACUGUACAAGAAUGGUUGGCUGCGUCCCAACGAAGCCAAGCAUAAUGUCAUGACCCUGGCCGCCAGCACAGCCACUGCUGGGGAUUUCCCCGACGCCCACGACGAAUACGUUACCACGGCUGCUCUGGAUGCACACGGCCCCCCUGAGGCCUCGGAGGACCCUGAUGCCUCCUUCAUUCUGGAUGGGUUCCCGAGGACUGCCGCGCAAGCCGUGACAUGCGACAAGAUCAUUCCAAUCAAUCUUGUCGUGUCUCUCCAGACCCCCUUCGACGUGAUCAUGCAGCGCAUCGCCGGCCGCUGGGUUCAUGAGCCCUCGGGCCGUGUCUACAAUACCACCUUCCAUCCGCCCAAGGUGGCCGGCAUUGAUGACAUCACCGGCGAACCUCUAAUGCAACGACCCGACGAUACUGAGGAGGUCUACCGUGAGCGGUUCCGAAAGUUCCAGCAGACAAGCGAGCCCCUCUUGGAGCACUACGCCAAGAAGGGCGUCUUAUGGGAAGUCGAGGGUAUGAGCAGUGAUGAGAUCAGCCCCAAGUUGUAUAAAGAGUUCGAGAAACGAUUUGCGGCUUGA